AUGGCGAUUGACCGGCGGCGCGCUGGCGCGUUUUCACCACUCGCGUUAUGCUUGGUCCUUGUCCUGUUCCUCGCAAGCACGGCCAGUGCAGCUGUGCUGGGCAUCGACUUCGGCACUUUAAACAUCAAAGCCGCCUUGGUCAAACCUGGAAUCCCAUUGGACAUUGUUCUCACCAAGGACUCGAAGCGGAAAGAGGUUGCAGCAGUAGCGUUCAAACCGAACCGAGAUGAGAAGAAUAACAUCAUUACGACACCUGGUACAUUCCCCGAACGAGCGUAUGGCGGCGAUGCCUUGUCUCUUCAAGGUCGAUUUCCCGGCGAAGUCUACCCAAACUUGAAGAUGCUGCUUGGGAUACAACCUGGGGAAGAUGCAGCCCAAAUAUACCAACAACGUUACCCUGCCCUGCAACUCAAGCAAGAUGGCAAAUCAGGGGCCACAGCGUUCAAGAGCAGUGCAUUCGCGGAUGAUGUGAACCCUUUCAGCGUGGAGGAGCUCAUUGGUAUGGAGCUGGCGAACAUCAAACGCAAUGCCGAGUCAAUGGCUGGAAAGGACAGUGUGGUGGGAGAUGCGGUCAUCACAGUCCCGCCAUUCUAUACCGCUGAAGAGAAAAGGGCACUUGUCAAGGCUGCGAACUUCGCAGGAUUGAACGUCUACGCUCUGAUCAGCGACGGGCUGGCUGUUGGUCUGGACUACGCAAAGACGCGAACAUUCCCGGACGUCACCAAGGAUGAGAAGCCCGAGUACCAUCUCGUUUACGACAUGGGUGCCGGUUCUACGUCUGCGACUCUCCUUCGGUUCCAGGCAAAGAGCGUGAAGGAGACCAGGACGUCGAACAAGACUGUGCAAGAGGUGACAGUCUUGGGCACAGGCUGGGACAGAACGCUCGGCGGAGAUGCCAUGAACCAUGUUAUCAUGGAGGACUUCGUGACCAAGCUGGUACAGAAGAGUGGUAGCACAACAGAACAGCAGGUGCGGUCCAACGGUCGGAUCAUGGGACGCUUCUUCAAAGAGGCGGAGCGUGUCAGGCAAAUUCUCAGCGCAAACUCCGAGACGAGCAGCGGCUUCGAAGAGAUCCUCCCCGACGUCGACCUUCGAACGAAAUUGAACCGAGCCGAGUUCGAGAAAAUGACAUCUGGAUUCGCAGACCGUGUUGAACAGCCGAUCAAGGAUGCACUGGCAAUGGCCAGUCUAGGAAUUGAGGAUCUCACUUCGGUCAUUGUACAUGGAGGUGCCAUCAGAACUCCGUUCGCGCAGAGCAAGCUUGAGGGUCUGGUUGGCGCGGCCAAGAUUAGGAACAGCGUGAAUCCCGAUGAAUCCGCAGUGUUUGGCGCUGCGUUUAAAGCCGCAAGCCUGUCACCGAGCUUCAGAGUAAAGGAGAUUCGCGACUCCGAUGUUGCCGGCUACCCCACAAGUCUCACGUAUAUUGACAAGGGCAAGAGCGUCAAGCAGACAUUGUUCAAGCCUACUUCGCCUGUUGGGUUCGGCGCCACAACAAAGCAGGUCACAUUCAAGGAUAAGGACGAUUUUUCAUUCGGCUUUGUCCAGACCGUUGGAAGUGUCGAUCGUCCGAUUUCGACUUUCAAGUCAGACAAUCUCACUGCUUCGGUUGAGGAGCUGAGUUCAAAGCAUGGCUGCGACAAGGCCGAUAUCACCACCAAGUUCAGUGUACGGCUUAGUCCGCUCAACGGACUUCCCGACGUCACUGGAGGAAGUGUCAGCUGUGAGGUGGACGAUAGCAAGUCUGGAAGCGUGGGAGACUCGGUCAAGGGCUGGCUCGGAUUUGGCAAGAAGAAGGAUCAGGAACCUCUUGGAGAUGAUACCGAUGGGCCCGUGGAAGAAGUCGAGGCGGCGACUUCGGCUUCUGCAUCAACGAAGUCUUCCUCUACGUCCGAUGCUGCUUCCAGCUCCAAGACACCCGAGGCACCCAAGAAGCGCACCGAGACCGUCAACGUCCGCGUUUCUGCAGCGCCUGAUGAAGGCGCAUCCUCCGUGACCGAGCAAAUUACCGACAUGUUCCAACGCCUGAAGGAUUUCGAUGCCUCUGACAAGGCCCGCUAUGCUCGUGAGGAGGCACAGAAUGUGCUCGAGAGCUACACUUACCAAGUCCGCGACUUCCUCGAGAACUCCGACUACGAAGCCUUCAGCACCAAGACCAUGCGUGCAGAGAUUAAGAAGCUGCUGGAACAGACCCGAGAGUGGAUGGACUCUGGUGAUCUGACCAAGGCAACGACUGAGACUCUUAAGGAGAAGCGACUGGCCCUUAAGCAGCUGGUCGAGCCGAUCAAGACCCGUCGGACCGAGAGCACGUCCCGUCCAAAGCUCAUCAAGUCGCUUCAGAAGGCUCUUGACGACACACAGAAGUUGAUCCUCAAGGUGGAAGGCGAAGCCGCAAAGGCAAGCUCUAGCUUUAUAAAGGCUGUAGCCGAAGCUUCUUCUAGUGCAUCUUCCGUGGUGAGUAAGGCUACCGAUGCAGCAUCCGAUGUCGAUGAUCUCGAGGAGCCAGACACCGCGAGCAGCACUACUGAACCACCUCCGGCUCCCACGAACCCCUACGCCAACCUCGACUUCACGUUCGUACAGGAGACGUACGACAACAUCUCGAAAUGGCUGAGGGACAAUCUGAAGGCGCAAGAGAAGCUCAAGGAGCACGAAGAGCCUGUGCUAUCAAUCAAGGAUCUCGACUCCAAAGUCGCAGAGAUCAAGAAGGUAAUGAAGCAGCUCUCCGCCGAGGCGGCGAAUGCGAGGAAACCAAAGCCCACGCAGAAGCCAAAGCCGAAGCCCAAGCCUAAGGCGCCGAAGAAGGACAAGUCCAAGCCUGUGGAAGGAGAAGAAGCUCCAUCGGCGGCAGAGGCAGAGACGCCUGUUGGUGAAGCUGAGCAGGACGGAAAGAAGCCUGUCAAGGGUGCGGAGUCUAUUGAGGAUAUGAUGGACUGGUUGAAGAAGGAGAAGGUGGAGCAUGAAGAGUUGUAGUUCGAAUGACAUAUAGCAUAAAGCAUUGAACCAUCA